UAUGAGUAUUAUUCAAUAUGAAUAAUAAAAGUCAUAUGAACCUUUUGAAUCAACUCGUACAUUAUUUUAUUCAAACGGUUUGUAUUUGUCAGACAAAAUACUUAUUAGAUCAAAUAGACAUGUGAUGUAAUCAAUUCUUAAUAGAAAUAAACUUCGAAGACCAGUAAUUUGUAUAUCAGUUGCUGAGAGAAAAUCUAAAUUAGAUAGUGGUUUAAGAUUGUCGAGUUGUCAUAAAUGA